AUGUUGCCGACACGGUCGCUCGUGCCCAUGUUCGUUGUCGGCAUGUUGCUGACCGGCAUCGGCAACUCGCUGCUCAACAAGUAUCAGGAUAUGCAGUGUGUCGCCAACUGCGAUUCGCCAGAUCCAAAGCAGCACCAGGAAUUCUCUCAGCCCGUGUGGCAGACGCUUCAGAUGUUCCUCGGCGAAUGCCUCUGUCUGUUGCCCGUCCUCUUCCGCAUGCUCUAUAACCGCUUCGCGGCCAACAGCGGCGAUGCAGCGCUCAAGAAACCCUUGCUUCAAGCACCGCCCGACUCGGGCAUCGUCUUUGACGGCGAUCCGGCUUCCCGCCAGCGCGGCACGUCGGCUAUCUCGUCGUACGAUGCCACACGCGGUCGCGUACACACCGGCGCCACUCACGCCCCCACCGCCCCCUUCUCCACUCCCGCACCUCCAUUCGAGAUCGCCUCGCGUGCUAUUCAGCCGGGCGAAUUGGGCGACUCUGACUUCACCGACAUCAACGACAGCAGCUACAUAAACGCCGUCGACGCCGACGAGGUUGGCGCAUUCAAGGGCGAGGCACUGACUGGCAAAGCCAUUGGGCUCUUCUUCAUGCCCGCUCUUUGCGAUAUCUGCGGCACAACGCUCAUGAACGUCGGUCUUCUUUUCACCCCUGUCAGCAUCUACCAGAUGACCCGAGGUGCCCUGGUGCUAUGGGUCGGGGUAUUCUCAGUCAUCUUCCUCAGGCGUCACUUGCACCUCUUCCAGUGGCUCAGCUUGGUCACCGUCAUGAUGGGUGUCUCGGUUGUUGGCUUGUCCGGCACCGUCUUCAAGGCGCCCGAAGCGUCUGGCUCUUUUGACGAGGAUGACGAAAUCGGCGAGUCUACACAAGCGCUGUUGGGUGUCUUGCUCAUUCUCUUUGCUCAGCUUUUCACUGCAUCUCAAUUUGUUUUGGAAGAGAAGAUCAUGUCGCGCUACUCGGUUGAGCCGUUGCUGGCCGUCGGAUACGAGGGCAUGUUUGGCGCUCUUACCACGAUGGUCGCUAUGCCGCUGCUGCACUACUUUGUCGGUCGCACACCCGAAGGCCGAGGAGGAUAUUUUGACAUGUCGGCCGGCUUUUACCAGAUCAUCUCGGUGCCCCCUGUCCUCAUUUCGAGCGUCGCCAUCUGCUUCACCAUCGCCUUCUUCAACUUCUUCGGGCUGUCCGUCACGCGCAAUGUCUCUGCCACCGCCAGGAGUACCAUCGAUACGUGCAGGACGCUGGGUAUCUGGGUGGUCAGCUUGGCACUGGGAUGGGAAACGUUCAAGUUGACCUCAGGCAGCUUGCAGGUGUUGGGCUUUUUGCUGCUCGUCUACGGCACCUUCUUGUUCAACGGCAUCGUCAAACCGCCUGGUUGGUGCGAUCCCUACCGCGGCAGGGGCGGGUAUAGACAGGUCAGGACCGAUGGCGACGAGACCGAGACCGAGACCGAGACCGAGGACGAACGUGCGUAG